CGGAAAGCUACGCACUUGAGCUCGAGAUCAUUGCUGUCUGCACUAAUCAUGGUCACCGAUCAGGAUAUUGAACGCUUCUUCUGUAAAGCCUUCGAACUUGUCAAAGAAUUUGGAGUGGUUGUGCAAAGGGCAAUCGGCGAAGGGAAACAGAUCGAAAUGAAGUCAGAAUUCACUGAUCUAGUUACUCAAUAUGAUCGGCAGGUUGAACAGCUGCUCAUUGGGAAACUUCAAGAGCAAUAUCCAAAUCACAAGUUUAUCGGGGAAGAAUCAGUCGCUGCGGGUAUCAAAAGUGAGUUUACUAAUGAUCCUACUUGGAUUAUUGACCCCAUUGAUGGAGACAUGAAUUUUGUACACGGGUGUCACAAACGAGCGCUCAAAAAAGGAUUUCAACAAGUUUUGGCGAGACGCACUAACAACAAACGUGAACUCGAUGUAAUAUCCUGCAAUGGCAUGGAACGCUACGUCGAUGCGCAGCGAUUGCGUUGUCUAGGCUCCACGGCAGUAAACAUGUGCUUUGUGGCAAGUGGCGAGGCAGAUGCCUUUUAUGAAUUUGGAAUGCAUGUUUGGGACAUGGCUGCAGCAGCACUAAUUGUUACCGAGGCAGGAGGCGUGGUCAUGGACACUCAAGGUGGACCCUUGAACCUGAUGCACCGAAGAGUUCUUUGUGCAAGCUCUCAUGCACUGGCUAGUACAAUCAGCCAAAUUUUAGAACAUGUUCAGCUGGAGAGUGACUAGGUUUAGUUUUGCAGUAUUUUUAUAUGUAAUGUCUUAUAUUUACUCAAAAAAGUGCUUAGAAUUUCUGCUGUGCUUGCAUACCAACCCACUGUAGGCACAUUCAUUGCAUGGUGAGCUGCAGUACCAGAAUUUCAUAAUUAUUAAUAUGUGGAAUGCUUUAAACUUUAUUGUGUAUAUGUAGUUGUUAUUAUGAGAACUCAGUAUUACAAUGUUCUGACAAUUAUUCAGCAAAAUAAACACUGCACAUACGGUCUCUGAUGAGCAGGCACCAUUUUAGUUCCUUUAUAUUGCUGUGAUUUAUUAGGUUAUUAAAAGUCCACAGGUUAUCAAAACCAAUCUCAAGUAUUUUACCAUGAUGCAGCUUAUGAGUGGCAAAUCGUCACAAUAUAAACACUUCUUACAUUAUUUGAUAACAUUUUUUUGGGACCAAGUAGAUACGUGGUCAUUUCACUUUUUAGCAAUUAACUUUUUUUUUCACACAACCAGUAAUUUCUUCUAUCUUAAUUUACCUAAACUGGCACUGCCUUGCAUUUUGCUCUGUGUCCUGCUGUCGCUCUACAACACUACUUUUCUUCAAGCUUGGUUAAAUAAUAAACUCUGCAAUACAGCAAUGCACAUCUUAUGUUCACACCCCAAUUUCUAUUUUUUAGCGGUCUUUGUGACUUGGCAACUAUGGCAGUGAAAUGUUAAUCACAAAGACAUGGAUAUAAUUCCCAGCAAUGGCAUAAUUAAAUUUUUAAAAAAAUCUCCAUUUCCUUAAAUUUUGGUGCACAUUAAAGAAUUACACUUGACCAGAAAUAAUUCGAAGUCAAGCACUACUACAUGGCUUAUAAUAUAUAAUGCUUUUGGCAUGUAAAAAAGUAAAAUUUAAUUUUCCUUAAUUUCUUAAUUGUUGCUUGUCAUCAUUGCUAGUCAAUUAUGUGAUAUGAAUUUUUUUUGUGUGAAUUACACGGCAUUUUUCAAAACAAUGAGCAUGCCUUGAACAGCUGAAGACUUAUGUGUUCUUGUCCUGAUAUUGUCUAUUACUCCAUCUACUUUUUGUGUUACAUUUACAAACCAUUUGUUGUUUCGCUUUAUUCAAUAAAAGCUUUACCUUAAGCUAA